AAAAAAGGAAAGAAAGAAAAAAUAAAAAAAGAGAAAAGAAUAAUCCAGGCCAUCUCGGAUCCAAUCUCGAGUAACUUCGAUUCUUUUCCCAGGCGAUAGCGUCAUCAUUGCCGGCAGAUCGUCGCCGUCGAUUUCAAUCCUCAGGGGGACAAACUCAGAGCCAGCUCUAUAUGGACGCUAGGCCGCUGAUUGGCACCACUACGAACAACCACCACCAGCGCCGUCGCCGAGUGGCUGGAAAGUCGUCGCAGCAGCCUAAGCGUCAGCAGUCGUUCAGCCGAGCCGCGGCAGAGACCUAUCUCGUAACUCGCCUCAGCUUCACGCUUCUCCGAUAUCUCGGGGUAGGCUACCGUUGGAUCACAAGAUUAGUUGCUCUUGCCUGUUAUGCUUUGUUUUUAAUGCCCGGCUUUCUUCAAGUUGCUUAUCAUUAUUUUUUCUCAAGGCAAGUUCAUCGCAGUAUUGUGUAUGGGGAUCAACCAAGGAACAGAUUGGAUCUAUAUUUACCAACAAACCGUGAUGGGCCAAAGCCAGUUGUGGUGUUUGUAACUGGUGGAGCCUGGAUCAUAGGGUAUAAAGCAUGGGGUUCCCUUCUGGGAUUACAAUUGGCAGAAAGAGAUAUCAUUGUCGCAUGCCUUGAUUACAGAAAUUUUCCCCAGGGAACCAUCAGUGAUAUGGUGAAAGAUGUUUCUCUAGGAAUAUCAUUUGUCUGCAAUAACAUUGCUGAAUAUGGAGGUGACCCUAACAGGAUUUAUCUAAUGGGGCAAUCAGCUGGUGCACAUAUUUCUGCUUGUGCUCUCUUGGAGCAAGCAAUCAAAGAAUCUGGUGGAAAGGAGAGCAUCACUUGGAGUGUUUCCCAGUUGAAAGCUUAUUUUGGUUUAUCUGGAGGGUACAAUUUAUUCAAUUUGGUUGAUCAUUUCCAUAAUCGAGGGCUAUAUCGAUCCAUAUUUUUAAGCAUAAUGGAAGGGGAAGAAUCAUUUGAACAAUUUUCUCCUGAAGUUAGAAUAAAGGAUCCAAGUAGUAGAGAUGCUGCUUUACUUCUGCCUCCUAUUAUACUUUUUCAUGGAACUUCAGAUUAUUCAAUACCAUCCGAUGCCAGCAAAAAUUUUGUAGAUGGUCUUAAACAGGUAGGAGCUGAAGCAGAGCUAAUCUUGUACAAAGGAAAAACUCAUACAGAUUUGUUUUUACAAGAUCCUUUAAGAGGUGGAAAGGAUGACCUCUUUGACCAUCUGCUUGCCGUGAUACAUGCUGGUGAUAAGGAAGCUCUUGCAAAGGACGCAAUGGCACCUCCAAGAAAACGCCUCGUGCCUGAGGUUCUGUUAAGAUUGGCUCGUCAUAUCAGCCCCUUCUAGGCCCAUUCAGGUUAUAGUGUCCGUAUUAUGUUGUAUAGAUGAUGAUGGUACAACAUGCGGGUGGGGAAGGAUGAGCUCGUGGGUGAACCUCACCAGCAAUAUGAUGAUGAUGAUAAUUAGUAUUCAAUUUCGAUUUAGACAGGAAGUCUCUAGUAAAUAAUUCAAUUCAAA